AUGGCAGACGAAAAGAUUGGAAUUGCCAAGGAUGUUACUGAAUUGAUUGGUAAAACCCCAUUGGUAUUUCUCAACCAUGUUGUGGAUGGUUGUGUUGCACGUAUUGCGGCCAAGCUUGAAAUGAUGGAGCCAUGCUCUAGUGUUAAAGACAGGAUUGGUUAUAGUAUGAUUGCAGAUGCUGAGGAAAAGGGCCUUAUCAAACCAGGAGAGAGUGUACUCAUUGAGCCAACGAGUGGUAACACUGGCAUAGGCUUGGCAUUCAUGGCAGCAGCUAAGGGUUACAAACUUAUCAUUACAAUGCCAGCUUCGAUGAGUCUUGAAAGAAGAAUUAUUCUCCGUGCUUUUGGUGCUGAGUUGGUGCUCACAGAUCCAGCUAAGGGAAUGAUAGGUGCGGUUCGAAAAGCAGAAGAGAUAUUGGCUAAGACACCCAAUGCCUAUAUACUUCAGCAGUUUGACAACCCUGCCAACCCAAAGAUACAUUAUGAAACCACUGGACCAGAGAUCUGGAAAGGUUCAAAUGGGAAAAUUGAUGCAUUUGUUUCUGGUAUUGGUACGGGGGGUACAAUAACCGGAGCAGGCCAAUUCCUUAAAGAGCAGAAUCCUGACAUAAAGCUGUAUGGUGUGGAACCAGCUGAAAGUCAUGUUUUAACUGGAGGAAAGCCUGGUCCACAUAAGAUCCAGGGAAUUGGUGCUGGUUUUGUUCCUGCUGUUUUGCAAGUCGAUAUUGUUGACGAAGUUAUUCAGGUUUCAAGUGAUGAAGCCAUAGAAACUGCAAAGCUCCUUGCAGUGAAAGAAGGUUUGCUGGUGGGGAUAUCAUCUGGUGCUGCAGCUGCAGCUGCUAUUAGGAUCGCAAAGAAGCCUGAAAAUGCCGGAAAACUUAUUGUUGUGGUUUUUCCAAGCUUUGGGGAGCGGUAUCUAUCCUCUGUCCUGUUUGAAUCAUUGUGCGGUUUCCUGGAGGAGGAGGAGUACUUUGGUUCUUCCUGGAUGUCUCAUAAGGUCACCAAGCUUGUGGAACAUGUCGGAGGAGAAUUAAAGCAACGCCGGCGAUCACUGACCACCAAAGCGGCCAUAGCAGCUCCGACGACUUCCAGUCAAAGCCCUAAGCCUGGACUCUCCACAGCCUGGCACCGACCCAAUCUAUCACCGCCGGUGAUGAGAGGCCAAAGCAUAAAAUGA